UUGUUUUGCUCUUUUAAAUUCCUAUCGUCACUAAAACUUUUCUGUCAUUAGGAAAAAAAAAAAAAAAAAAACACAAAAGCGAUUUCGUGGUCCUUUUCUUCGAAAUUAUUAAAAAAAAAAAAAAAAGAAAUUACGCGCCUCUCUUAUAUUUUUCUUACCCUUUUUUUCACUCUCUCUCUCUUUCUCUCUCUUUGUCCUGCUUCCGCGUCCAUGGCGAUCUGAGAGAAAGAGAAUGUCUGAGUAGCUCAAAGCCCAGGGUUACUCUCUUUCUCUCUCUUCGUCUUUACUGGGCCCUGCUUCGCUCCCUGACCCAUUUGCUCGCACGCGGAGUAGGGAAUUUAUUUAUAUUUUUACAUAUUGUUGUUGUACAAUAUAUAUAUAUAGGAGGAAGAGUGAGAGGAGCCGGCGAAGAAGCAAUGCCUGAGAUGGAUCCUAUUGAUUGGAUGCUUUUCUCUCUCAGCCGAUCAUUUUGCAGUCCUUUGGCCGUUUUCGUACAGAUCCAGGGAUGUUUUAUUUGCUUAAUACUUGCUGUUGGUUGGGUGUUUGCUGCUAAAGUAAGGAAUAGAGAGAUCAAACGAAUAAGGGAUGGUAUUCGACAAGGCAAUAGCUUUUCAUUUCUUUGUCAUGAUAUCAAUGAACUUGAGCACUCUAAUCAGGUCAAUCUGCCUAGAGUGACAGUUGUUAUGCCUUUAAAGGGGUUUGGAGAACACAAUUUACACAACUGGAGAUCUCAGAUCACUUCUCUCUAUGGUGGUCCUGUGGAAUUCCUUUUUGUGGUGGAAAGUACAGAAGACCCUGCAUAUCGUGCCGUAUCUAUGUUAAUAUCAGAGUAUAAGGAUGAGGUUGAUGCGAAAAUUAUUGUAGCUGGUCUUUCAACAACUUGUAGUCAAAAAAUUCACAACCAGUUGGUUGGAGUGGAGAAAAUGCACAAAGACACUAAGUAUGUACUGUUUUUAGAUGAUGAUGUUAGGCUUCACCCUGGGACAAUUGGAGCCCUCACUGCUGAGAUGGAGAAAAAUCCUGAGAUAUUUAUUCAAACUGGAUAUCCGCUUGAUUUACCUUCAGGGAGUUUAGGGAGUUAUUGCAUUUAUGAAUAUCAUAUGCCUUGUUCAAUGGGUUUUGCAACUGGUGGGAGGACAUUCUUUCUGUGGGGAGGUUGCAUGAUGAUGCAUGCUGAUGAUUUUAGACAUGACUAUUGUGGUGUGGUUUCAAGUCUUAAAGAUGGUGGUUACUCAGACGAUAUGACUCUUGCGGCCAUAGCUGGGGCUCAUAAGAGGCUUAUUACAUCACCCCCAGUAGCUGUUUUUCCUCACCCCCUUGCACGUGAUCUUAGUUUCUCAAGAUAUUGGAAUUACUUGAGAAAGCAAACAUUUGUAUUGGAAUCAUAUGCAACAAAGGUUAAUUGGGUUAUGAACCGUGCAUUGUUUACAUCCCAUUGCUACCUGUCAUGGGGCUUUGUGGCGCCAUAUGUAAUGGGCAUGAUCCAUAUAACAGCUGCACUACGAAUCUUUAUUAAAGGGUAUACAGUUGAGGAAACUAUGAUUACUUCUGGUGGGUUGACACUGGUGACUUGUCUAGCCGUUUGCACUUUAUUAGAACUUUUUUCAAUGUGGAACUUGACAAGGAUUGAAGUUCAUUUAUGCAACUUGUUAUCCCCUGAGGCAACUCGACUCACUCUUGCUUCUUACAACUGGGGCCUGGUAUUUAUCGCAUUGGUGGUAGAUAACUUUUUAUACCCAGUCUCCGCAUUUCGAUCACAUUUUUCUCAGUCUAUCAAUUGGUCUGGUAUCCGGUACCACCUGAAGGACGGGAAGAUAAGUAAGAUUGAAAGAAGCAAGGAUAUGGGUCCAACACAUACCGAUUUGGGAGGAAAGCAUUUGUCUGGGAAGAAGGGAGCUCCUCCAAAAACUUCAUUCCUUAGCUCCUUAGCCAGAAGUUUGGCACAGUGGCGUCAGCCUAAGAAAUUCGAUAUCUAGAAAUGAUCUUUGUGAUCAAAUUUGCCCACUUUUUGGGAUCUCAUGGAGGUAAGAAUUUUAGAAAAUUUUAAUUGGGGUUGGAUUGCUCAUUCCAUAUUUGAUUGAUUAAAGUGUCUAGAUUUUUUUUGUGAAGAUUUUUUUAGUCCCCCAUUCAAUCCAUUUCAUUCUUCAGCAUUUCAACCAAUUGUGGCUGGGCUGGUUUGUAAUCUGUAUUGAUGCUCUCCUUGUAAUUUAUAGAAUCUUAGAAAUUCAAUUGAGAGACUAGAGAUGUAAUUUACCAUUCGCUCUUUAAUUUCUACUCUAUCCAUUUUUUUAUUUAA